AUGCCGGAGGAAGCGAUCAAAAAUGAAGGUGAAAUUGAAAAUGUUCGAGUCGUCGUGCGGGUCCGGCCGAUGGACAAAAAUGAGCUCGAUUCCGGAUCGCAGAAUGUGAUCAAGGUGGACAAAUCGAACCGUAGCAUCACGGUCGUAAAGCCCGGCGCUAAUUCCAGCGAGCCCCCGAAGGUGUACUACUUUGACAACGUUUUCGGCGAAGAUUCGACACAGAUCGAUCUCUACGUUGACACCGCCCGUCCGAUCGUCGAUAAAGUGCUGGAAGGAUACAAUGGUACCAUACUGGCGUAUGGUCAAACCGGUACCGGCAAAACCUACACCAUGUCCGGCAAUCCGGAAUCGCCCCAAACGAAAGGCAUCAUUCCGAACACGUUCGCGCACAUCUUCGGUCACAUUGCGCGCGGUAAGGAAAAUCAAAAGUUUCUUGUACGCGUCAGCUACAUGGAGAUCUACAACGAGGAGGUACGCGAUCUGCUCGGUAAAGAGCUGAACAAAAGCCUGGAGGUGAAGGAGCGUGCCGAUAUCGGUGUGUUUGUGAAGGAUCUGAGCGGGUACGUCGUGCACAAUGCGGACGACCUGGACAACAUCAUGAAGCUUGGCAACAAGAACCGUGUGGUGGGUGCAACAAAGAUGAACUCCGAAUCGUCACGCUCGCACGCAAUCUUUUCGAUAACGAUCGAAUCGAGCGAAACGGAUGAAGCCGGCCGUCAGUACGUGCGUAUGGGCAAGCUGCAGUUGGUCGAUCUGGCCGGUUCUGAGCGGCAGAGCAAGACACAGUCGUCGGGCUUAAGGCUGAAGGAGGCGACCAAGAUUAACCUCUCGCUGUCCGUGCUGGGCAACGUGAUCAGUGCGCUGGUCGAUGGGAAAAGCACUCACAUUCCGUACCGCAACUCGAAGCUAACGCGACUGUUGCAGGAUUCGCUCGGUGGCAAUAGCAAGACGGUGAUGUGUGCCAGCAUUAGCCCGGCCGAUUCGAACUACGUUGAAACGAUUUCGACGCUGCGAUAUGCGUGCCGUGCAAAGAGCAUCCAGAAUUUGGCUCACAUCAACGAAGAACCGAAGGAUGCACUGUUGCGCCAUUUCCAGGAAGAGAUUGAGGAACUGAAGCGACAGCUAGAGGAAGGCAUCUUUCAGCAAGGGAUUGAAAGUGGAGAAGAAGAGGAAGAAGACGAAGGAGACGGAGAGGAAGAGAACGAUGAGGAUGCGGUGGAGGAGGAGUGUGAUCCGGACGAGGAUCGUGAACGCGAGCGGUUGGAGCGGAAGGAGAAGCGCCGCAAGGAGAAGGCACGCGAGCGGAAGGAAAAGAGUGACGCCGAGAAGGAGCUGCUGGAGAAGAAGGCGAUGGAGAAUCAGCAGGAGCUGAAGAAAGCAAAAUCGGAGCAAGAUCAGCUGCGAGCUAAAUUGUCCUCGUUGGAGAACAAAAUUCUCGUCGGUGGUGAAAAUUUGCUCGAAAAAGCGAAGGAACAAGAGCUGCUGCUCGAAAACUCCAUCACAGAAUUAGAGCAGCGUACCAAAACGGAGCGAGAGUUGAAGGAAAAUUUACAAAAGAUUGAAGCCGAACGUAUCGACAUCGAGGAACGAUACAGUUCGCUGCAGGAAGAAUGCGUGGGCAAAACGAAAAAGCUGCAGCGCGUUAUGUCCAUGCUGAUGAGCAUCAAGUCGGAGCUGGCCGAUCAGCAGCAGGAGCAGCAGCGUGAAAAGGAAGGCAUUUACGAAAACAUUCGUAGUUUGUCGCGUGAGCUGGCGCUCUGCGAGUUGGUGAUUAACUCGUACAUUCCAAAAGAGUACCAGAACAUGAUCGAGAAGUUUACCCACUGGAACGAGGAUAUUGGCGAGUGGCAGCUCAAGUGUGUUGCUUACACUGGAAAUAACAUGCGCAAAAACAUCCCGGAACCAAAGGUCAAUACCAAAGAGACGGAUCUGGUCGAUCUGUCGCAUGUGUAUCUUAGCUACAAUACAGAUUCGGUGGCUGAACCUAUACGCGCCAAAACGGCACGACCGCGUACAUCUGGCAUAGCUCGACCGACGACUGCUAGGAAGUACUAUUAA